AUGAAGCAAAGGCCUGAGAACAUUCCAAGAACGACGCGUCAUAACCCACGAGCUGUACCUGGAACUAAGAGCGUGCUGCUAAAAAAUGGAAUUAUCCUUGAUGGUGUCGGUGGUAUUGUACGCGGUGAUUUGUUAAUGAAGAACGGUAUUAUUGAAAAUUUUGGAAACGAGAUUGAUGAAGGAGAAGCAGAUGUUGUUAUUGAUGUUCAUGGGAAGUUUAUAUCACCUGGUAUUGUCGAUAUGCAUAGCCAUGCUGGGGUUGACUCAUGGCCUGAACUGAGAGGAUCCUCUGAUGUCAACGAGAGGACAGACCCUAUUACACCUUUUGUUAGGACGAUCGAUGCCAUUAAUCCAAGCGACCCAGCAUUUAGAAUUAUUGCUUCUGGAGGGGUUACAACUGUUUUGAUAAUCCCGGGAAGUGCUGAGUUGAUGGGUGGGGAAGGAUUCGUUAUCAAGCUACGUCCCGUUAGUACCUUGUCUGUCCAGGACAUGGGUAUCAAUGCCAAUGUAGAUCCAGGCUCCGAACGAAUAUGGAGAUGGAUGAAAAUGGCAUGUGGAGAGAAUCCAAAGAACGCUUUUGGUAACAGCGGAAAAGGCAUGCCUAAAUCGCGUCUCGGUGAAGCGUGGUUAUUCAGGAAGAAUUUUGACGCGGCAUCGAAACUCAAAGCAUCACAAGAUACUUGGUGUCAUACGGCAUUACGUCUAAACUAUAACGAGGCAAUGGAUUCCUUUUUUCCGGAAGAUCUUCGCUAUGAGAGCUUGGUUGCUUUAUUGAGGGGUGAUGUUCGAUUGAAUAUUCAUUGCUAUGAGACUAUGGAUCUCGAAGCCAUGAUUCGUCAUUCAUACGAGUUUAACUUCAACAUCACGGCCUUUCAUCAUGCGCUAGAUGCGUAUAGAAUCCCGGAUAUAAUCAAGCGCAGUAGAAAUCAGAUCACAAUAGCCACGUUUGCCGAUCACUGGGGAUAUAAGAAAGAAGCUUUCCAGGCGAGCACACAAUCUCCAAGAAUUUUGGCGGAAGCAGGAAUUCCAGUUGCUUUGAAAAGUGACCACCCAGUACUCAAUUCGCAACAUUUAGCAUUCGAAGCUGCUAUAGCUUCUUAUUAUGGCCUCAGUGAACAUCAAGCUCUUGCUGCCAUAACCUCUGUUCCUGCUAGAGCGUUGGGAAUUGAUCAUCGUGUUGGACGAAUUGCCGUUGGAUAUGAUGCUGACGUUUUGGUAUGGAAUAGACAUCCACUCGCCUUGGGAGCUUAUCCAUUGGAGGUUUUCAUUGAUGGGAUUCCUCAAUUUAACACUUCUUCGUCCGUCCUAAGCGGUCCAACAGAUGAGACAUAUACGUUUUAUAAUGCCACACGACACUCUCCUGUGGAUACCAAAGAACGUGUUGUAUCUUCGGUAAUAAUCAAGAACAUUGGUAAAAUAUUUGUUGGCGAAGAAUCCAUCAUGGAAUCAACGGCUACUGGUUCACUCACAAUAACCGUUAGUGAAGGCCGCAUUAUGUGUAUUGGGUCAGAUUGUACUAUCACUAAUACAAUUGGAUAUGACGUGGUUGAUUUGAACGGUGGAUAUGUAUUGCCAGGCAUCAUUGCCGCUGGAUCUGAUCUUGGGUUGUCAGAAAUAGAACAGGAACCAAUAACGCAAGAUGGAUAUGUCAGUUCAUUUAAGAGUCCCGAUCAUCCAGAGCGAAUAAUCAUUCGCGCAGUCGACGGGCUAAAGUUUGGCGGAAAGCAUCUUGAGGAAGCAUACAAAGCGGGCGUGCUUACUAUUAUCAGCCCUCCGAUGGCUCGUAAAGGCGUACUUGUUGGUGUGUCCGCCGCAUUUAAGAGUGGCGGCAAUAGUGUCAUUGACGAUGAGGACGAAGUUAUUGUCAAAGCAGAGGUCGCACUACAUGCACAAGUUGGUACCCCAUACAAAGACGAAUCGGUCACGACAGUGUCCGGUCAAAUAGCAUUCUUGCGCAAAGCCCUUUCCGAUAAUCUCUCGUUGGAAGGAUCGCCAAAUUUCUACGCGCUCGCCGCGAAAGGCGACAUACCGUUCGCAGUCUAUACGCAUAGUAAAGAUGAAAUCGCGUCUCUAAUCCGUCUAAAGGAUGAAAUAGAUGGGGCAGGGGGCAACCUUCGACUAGUUAUCGUCGGAGGAGCCGAAUCUUAUUUGCUGGCAUCUCACUUGGCCAAACGGAACAUACCGGUGGUCGUCAUUCCGGCUAGACCUGUGCCCGAACUGUGGACUGCUCAGAACGUACUCACUGGACCUCCCAUUAGUAACAAGACACACAUUGAGAUAUUGCACGAGCAUAAAGUCUUGGUAGGUAUUGGUGUAUCAGAUCCCGGGUUGGCAAGAAAUUUGGCAUGGGAUGCUGGAUGGGUGUGCAAAAAUUCGAAAAACAAUGCAAUUUCGGAAAAGGAUGCAAUUGGCUUUAUUUCCUGGAACUUGGAGCGGAUAUUUGGGGUCGGUAAACAUGUCGAGGGCAAGGGCAAAAAUAAGGGAUUUUCGGUAGGCGCAACUGCAGAUUUCGUCGCGUAUGAUGGUAGUCCGUUCGACAUGAGAAGUCGGGUUAAGCUGGUUGCUGGUGGUGGAAAGAGACAAAUUAUUAUUGAUCCUAAGCAAGAAUAA